AGAUUAACAGCUAGCAACAGUCAACAGCGACGCGUCAACACAGACCCAGGUUCAUUUCUAAUAGCUCCAGUUCCCAAGUAACUACCAGGAUUAGCAAAAUGUUCAAGUUGGUGGUGUUGUCUGCUCUGCUCGCUGUGGCCGCUGCUCGACCGGGAUACUUGGAGGCAGGUCCUCUGCUGCACAGCUAUGCUGCUCCUGCGAUCAUCCAUGAGCCUGCUCUGGCCCAUGUAGGUUCCAUUGUGAAGAGCAUUCCUACGGCUGUGUCGCAUCAGAGCAUCAGCCAGGUGCACAGCUCGGCGCACAUUGUGCAACCCAUUGUGGCACCUGUGAUCAAGAGUUAUGCUGCGCCCAUCAUCAAGACCUAUGCUGCUCCAGCUCUGCACACCAGCAUUGUGGCGCCUUCAUGGGCUUCCCAUGGCUCGCCAGUUGUCAGCUAUGCAGCUGCCGCUCCAGUGGUGCACAGCACCUAUGCCGCCGCUGCUCCAGUGGUGCACAGCACCUAUGCCGCCGCUGCUCCAGUGGUGCACAGCACCUAUGCUGCUGCUCCAGUGGUGCACAGCACCUAUGCCGCCGCUGCACCACUUGUGCACAGCGCCUAUGUUGCUGCUCCAGUCGCCCACAUUGCUGCUUCGUCGCCGCUGACCUACACCGCCACAGGAGUGUGCAAAAUAAACUACUUAAAUGCGUACCAGAAAUUGGCCGCGAAUAAUAAUCUGGUUUACGGUCGGCACACUGAGAAAAAGAGAGAGACAAGAAUCCGUCCAGGCCAGGCACUGAAGUUCAAGUAUAAAAGACAGCGACAGUUUAGCAGCGGGCACAGUCUAUCCUACGACACAAGUCAAAGAACCACACACAGCUCCCUCAAAAUGUUCAAAUUGUUCGUUCUCGCUGCUCUGCUCGCCGUGGCUGCUGCCCGUCCUGGUCAUUUGGCUGCCGCACCACUGGUCUACAGUGCACCCACAGCUUAUGUACAUGAGCCCGCCCUAGCCAAGGUUGGCGCUGUUGUGAAGAGUGUGCCCACUGCGGUCUCCCACCAGAGCCUUACCCAGGUGCACAGCACCCCAGUCGUUGAAGAUGUGGUAGCACCUGUGGUGAAGACCACUCUGCAUGCCGCUGCUCCUGUGACCACCUAUGCCGCUGCUGCUCCCGUGACCACCUAUGCUGCUGCUGCUCCCGUGACCACCUAUGCGGCAGCUGCUCCAGUUGCCACAUACUCAGCGGUUGCACCUGUGGCCACCUAUUCGGCGCUGCCCGCUGCCUACACCACCUAUGCAGCUGGCGGCCAUCUGCCCUACUCUGCUUACUCUGCAUACUCUGCACCACUACUGCACCACGCACCACUGACGUAUGCAGCCCGCGCCUGGUAAAAGACUGCAAGAGAACGAAAGAUUUUGAUAUUCACCGGUUGUUGACUUGUGUUGUGUUCCCACAAAAAUAAAACA